AAUUACCCGCCGUAUACGCACCCGAGUCCGACCUAAACCAGCUGCAGCGAAGAGAAUAGGGCGCGUCCAAUUCUACCCAUCAACGGCGACGAGUCGCUCUCUCGCUGUGGUCUCCGGCGGAAGGGAGCGGUGUGGUGGAGAGCAGCAAAGUCGAGGAGGAGCCAGAGGUGAGGACGAGAGAGAUGGUAUCGUCGCCGGUGGUAAACACUUACCCUCUUACCAACUACACCUUCGGGGCGAAGGAGCCCAAGAUGGAGAAGGACACGUCCGUCGCUGAUCGUCUCGCACGCAUGAAGCUCAAUUAUAUGAAAGAAGGCAUGAGGACAAGUGUUGAAGGGAUUUUGUUGGUUCAGGAGCACAACCACCCACAUAUACUGCUACUGCAAAUAGGAAAUACUUUCUGUAAACUCCCUGGUGGACGUUUGAAACCUGGAGAAAAUGAAAUUGAAGGCUUGAAACGAAAACUGUUCAGCAAACUUGCGCCAAGUUCAGCUUCCUUUCAGCCAAAUUGGCAGAUCGGGGAGUGUGUUGCUACUUGGUGGAGGCCAAACUUUGAGACGGUAAUGUAUCCAUACUGCCCUCCUCACAUUACAAAGCCAAAGGUAAGUUGCAUUCAUCACAUCAGGGGCCAAAUCUGUCAAUUGUCAUAUCAUACUAAAACAAACAACUUCUAUUUCCAGGAAUGCAAGAAGCUUUUCAUUGUCCACCUCUCAGAAAGAGAGUAUUUUGCUGUUCCUAAAAACUUGAAAUUGCUUGCCGUUCCAUUAUUUGAACUAUAUGACAAUGUUCAGAGAUACGGACCUGUCAUUUCUACAAUUCCUCAACAGUUGUCAAGGUUCCAGUUCAACAUGGUCACAUCAUGAAACUGGCGGAUUAAGCCAAGCAGGAGAUCACCUACGGCGAUUUAAUUUGAUCGUUUGUGAUGGAUAAUAAUUUGAGAUUUUAAUCGUAUGCUUGAAGGAAUGUUUUUUUUUUUACCUAUUCUUCAUUUCUCAGUCAAAAUUUUCCUAGUAGGUCCUGUUGGAAGUAUCCGAGAUCACUUCAAUUUGAUGCUGGAAACCAUUUACUUUUAUCUCGACCA